AUGCCGCUUCUCGGUAACAACACGUUUGAUCCCAACAAAGACAUUCCUGACCUUACCGGCAAGAUUUAUGCUGUCACCGGUGGCUCGGCUGGUAUCGGUUUCGGAAUCGUUGCCCAUCUCCUUCAGCACAAUGCAUCCAAGAUCUAUCUGUUGUCCAACAAGGAGCAACAUGCAGAAGAAGCCCAGGAAGAGCUCAAAAAAUACGGCGAUACCACCAGAGUCGAAUGGAAGAAAUGCAACCUCGAAGACUUGAAAGAAGUUGACGCGGUUUCGAAGGAGCUCUCGCGCCUGGAGAAGCUGGACGGCCUGAUUCUUAACGCUGGGUUGGGUGUAGGCGUCUACAAUGAGACCAAAGACGGCAUCGACUCCCACAUGCAAGUUAACCAUAUCUCUCAAUUCCACCUCGCCAUGGUCCUCCUCCCACUCCUUCAGCGCACACCCGACAGUCGCCUUGUCCUUCAAUCGUCCGAAAUGCAUAAAAUGGCCGACGCAUCGAUGAAGUUCGCCUCUCUCAAGGAGAUCAACACCGACAUUGGCGCUACCAAGCUCUACGCCCGCACAAAGCUUGCCCAGAUUCUUUUCGUGCGCGCACUUGCCCGCCACGCCGCUAAGAACGAGCUCGGCUUCCGCCAGCAGGGAAUGUCGACCGGCCCGUGGAUCAUUGCCACGCACCCAGGUGCCGUGAAGACGGACCAGCAGGACCAAGCGGCUGAGGCGUACGGAACCAUGGGCAAGGUCGGUGUUGCGGUGGUGCGGCCGUUCAUGAAAGAUCCGGUCGACCAGGGGUGCCGCUCCGCGUUGUUCGCAGCGACGAGCGAAGAUGUGAUGCGUGAGGGGAUGCAGGGCGUGUACGUCGUGCCGGACCGGAAAGUGGAGGAGCCGAGUGACUUGGCGAGGAAUGAGGAUUUGAGUGAAGCUUUGUGGCUUUUGACGGAAAAAGUGCUGAUGGAUAAGAUCGGUCCACUGAGCUACGGGCCAGUGCACAUUGAUAACCUUGCCAAAGAAGGUUUACACGGAGCGAGGGAGUAA